GGCGGGCGGAACCCAGGGCGUCUGCGGCGUUUCCGGCGGGAAGCUUAAGGCGGGACGCACUGGAGUCUGUCGCAGGCAGACGCCCCCGGCGGGCCGCGCCCCGCCAUGAAGUUUCGGGCCAAGAUUGUGGACGGGGCCUGUCUGAACCACUUCACCCGAGUCAGUAACAUGAUAGCCAAGCUUGCCAAAACCUGCACGCUGCGCAUCAGCCCGGAUAAGUUGAAUUUCAUCCUCUCUGACAAGGUGGCCAAUGGAGGGGUGAGCAUGUGGUGUGAGCUGGAACAGGAGAACUUCUUCAGCGAAUUUCAAAUGGAAGGUGUCUCUGCACAAAACAACGAGAUUUAUUUAGAGCUAACGUCGGAAAAUUUAUCUCGAGCCUUGAAAACUGCCCAGAAUGCCAGAUCUUUGAAAAUCAAGCUGACUAAUAAACACUUUCCAUGCCUCACAGUUUCUAUAGAGCUGUUAUCCUUGUCAAGCAGUAAUCGCAUUGUGACACAUGACAUCCCCGUAAAGGUUAUUCCUAGAAAACUGUGGAAGGACUUACAAGAACCUACAGUCCCAGAGGCUGACGUUAGUAUCUAUUUACCAGCCUUGAAGACGAUGAAAAGUGUUGUGGAAAAGAUGAAAAACAUCAGCAAUCACCUUAUUAUUGAAGCAAACCUAAAUGGAGAAUUGAACUUGAAAAUAGAAACUGAACUAGUGUGUAUUACAACUCAUUUUAAAGAUCUUGGAAAUCCUCCGUUAGCUUCUGAAAACACUUCGCAAGAUGGAAACUCAGAACAAAUGGCUGAAGUGCAAAUAGAUAUUAGGAAGCUCUUACAGUUUCUUGCUGGACAACAAGUAAAUCCUACAAAGGCCACAUGCAAUAUCGUGAGGAACAAGAUUGUCCACUUUGACCUGCUGCACGAGGAUGCUUCCCUGCAGUACUUCAUCCCCGCGCUGUCAUAGCACCCCCUCCCCGGACGGGGCCUGGGACCUGGGUCUCAGCCCGAAGGCAGUGGGUGAUGUCUUCUAAGUCAUUGUCUGUGUUCGCACAGCCGAUCCGCUGCUUCUCAGUGCAGGAGGGACGAGCCGUCUCUUUGACUGUUAGCCUCCGUAACGAGACGACCAGGGGAAGCAUGAGGCCCCUCAGCCACUGCUGUGGGAGUGUGGACUCUGUGUGUGCGCCUUCUUCGGAGUCCAGUCUGGUGUGGGUGACGUAUGAAAGCCUUCAGAGGGGUGUGUGCCCUUUGCUUUAAUACUCCUUUUAGGAAUUUACACACACAUUCGCAUAUUCGAAGGUGUUUGAGGAGUUUCUGAUGUGGCGCAGUGGGUUGAUGAUCCGGCUUGUCGCGGUGCCAUUCCAGCUCAGUUCCCGGCCUGGCGCAGCGGCUUAAGGAUCUGGUGUUACCGCAGCUGUGGCUGGAAUUCCGUUCCUGGCCCAGGAACUCCCACAUGACUCUGUAUGGCCCAAAAAGAAAAAAAAAGAGUCUUUUAUACAGUUCUACUAAAAAAACAUGAAAUAGGGGGGAUUGGUUAAACAAUCUAUAGUUUGAUACAGUGUUUCAUACUCUAAUGUUGCAGAAAAAAAUGUACUAAUAAUGCAAAAUGUCUGUGACUUCCAGUUAAGUUACAAAAAGCAGAUCAGGCUUUCGUGUGUACCGUGUGUACCGUCUGAUCCCAGUUUGGAGAAUAACAAUGUAUGUGUGUGCGUGAUAGAAAAAGAUUGGGAAAAUAGGUACCAGCAUUUAAACGUGGUUAUUUCUGGAUGUUUGAUUUCAACUUUUGUAAACUUAAGUAUUUUCUAAAACUUUUAUAAUUGGCUUUGUAACGAAAAUAAAUCAUUUUUACGGGACUGAGUAAUACUUGUUAUUUGAAUGCAGUACAUAAUCAGCUGGCAAUUGUAGUUUCCUAAAUAUUGGACUUGAGACUUAAUUUUCACAGCACAUCCUCCGAAGCAGCUCAUGACGGGGCAUCACCAGUUUCUGGAGCCUGUGGUCUUACCAAACGGGAACGAAGCCUCAGUGUGACUUGGGGGUCUGCCUGCAUCACUCUGUUCCUAGUGAUGCAGGCAGACCUCCCUUCAGACUGGACGUGUCGGAAACAACCAGGAGACAGUGGUGGCUCAAAUUCAGCUCUGCAGGGGGAGCUUAGCGGGGCCAUCUGCCAGGGACCGUGGCGUUGUCCUGAAUCAGCCUUGCCUUGCAAAUGCAGGGUUUGACUUUUGUCACGUGGUCUGGAUUGAUGUAAAUGCAGAGCUUUCUAAGGACGACUUUUAUUCAUGUUUUAGGAUAUCAAUUCUAUAAAAGAAUACACUUGGCGUGGCUUUAAA